GAACUUGCACUUGACUUCGACGAGCGUCGCGUCGCCGGCUCCCCCAGAACACCCUCUCAUUGUCUGCGAAUCUCUCUAUCGUCUCCCAUUGCCCACAUUGAUCACACACUCCUUCACUCGAGCCUGCGACGGCGCUUUCCAAGUCACCGCUUCUCCUGCACCGUCUGCUUGACGCCUGGAGAUCCAUGGUAUCCAAGAACAAGUCGAAAGCGAAGAAAGCAAGAGCCCAGCAGAAGGCUGCAGCCCAGGCCGCGCCACCAAUCGUCAACACCGAGCCGCCGCCCCCGCCUGCGAGUCCGAUCCCUGCGCCGCCCAAGUCCCCGGUUCCUUCUCCGACCAAGCUCAACGCUAAGGAACCGCCGCUUCUGCGACACGUCCAGUCCCCUAUGCCGGAUAAGCCCCCACCGUCAUUCACAUCUGCGAUGAAGAUGACGAAGAAGGGGAAGGGACGAGCGGCGGAGGACGAAGGGGACGAAGAUGACGAGGAGUACGAGGAUGAGUCGGACGAGGAGCUUGAGGAUGCGGUUUACUCGCGCGAACCCGGGGACACCAGCGCGGCUGCGAUCGCCGCCACAAACGAGCUCGUCAACACGGCCAAGGAGCUGUAUCGCAACAUGGAUCAGCUCCACCGCAAGGUGGGAUCGACACCGGGAGAGGGAAUACCGGAUGACGAUGAAUACUGGAGCACGUUCCCUCCCCACAUACGGACCUUUGCGCAAGCGAUGUAUGCUAUCGCCCAGCAAAUGGUUCAGUCAGGUGGGGGGAACGUCAAAGGACCCGAUCCCGGCAUGCCUUUCGACUCGAGCGUAUUCAUGGACCCCGCGUUCAAUCGGUCGAUCCAAGAGGCGGCAGCAGCGCUCGCGCCACUUCCCAACGGAGGGACUGCCACGACGCCCAACUUAUCGACCUCUCCGCCACCGCCGACUACCGGGACGUAUCAUGAGCCGCUGGAUCUGUUCACGGAAGACGAGGAGGAAAGCGACACGCCUCAAACUACUAACUCGCAUAAGAAGAAGAAGAAAAAGAAGAAGAAGAAGGGGAGUAAGCAGCAAACGGAGAGCCAGCAACCGCCCACGGCGCCUGCGCCACCACAAACCGCACAGCCACCGGCAGCCCGGCCGGCGCCACCGGCGCCUAUCGCGCAUCCUCCUCCCGCUCACGAAAUGCCGGCGCCGCGCCCGCCCUCCUCGACGACAACGGCGCCGCCGCCGAGCUCAGUAUCGAUGGGAAAACAGCCGAUGACAUACCCCGCGACACCUGCAGCGACUCCGGCGCCACAGGGACGCUCAGCGCGCGCGGCGUCAAAGGCGCCGUUGCCCGCGCAUGCGUACCCGCACAGUCACCCUCAUCACCAUCCAUCGCCGCCAGCUUCCAACGCGUCCGCGACGCAAAAGUCCAAAGCCGCCUCAGACUCCUCCUCCACCAAGCCCAACAAGAUAUGGAACACGAGCACGACGGAGGAGCGCGAACGCAUAAAGGAAUUCUGGCUGGGGCUCGGCGAGCAGGAGCGCAGGAAUCUCGUCAAGAUCGAAAAAGAUACAGUCCUGCGCAAAAUGAAGGAGCAGCAGAAGCACAGCUGUAGCUGCGCCGUGUGCGGAAGGAAGCGAAAUGCCAUUGAAGAAGAGCUCGAGGUACUGUACGAAGCUUAUUACGAAGAGCUAGAACAGUACGCGAACCAUCAGCAGCAAUACGUCUCUUCCGGUCGCACCAUCACACCACCUCCCGGCCCCGGCCCCUUCCCUGGAAGCGUCGAGCUGGACAAGAAUGGUGCGGUGGUAGGACAUCCGGUGAACGGCAAACCGCAUGGCGCGCGCACCAAGAUGCCCCCGGCCGUCAAUGGACGGAAGCCCCCGAUCAAGCAGCCCCCGGACUCUGAAUUCGACGACGAUGAAGGUGAGGAGGACUACGAAGACGAUGAGGACGACGAGGAAUACGAGGAAGAAGACGAGGAGGAUGAAGAGGACGACGCUGAUGACGACGAGGACGUGCGACCCGUGCGCGGGCGGCGGCCCGCAGCACCGCCGGCACGAGGGAACGCCCGUCGGGCAGCCAAGCCCAACGGUCGCGAAGGCUUCUUCAACCUCGGGAGCAGCUUAACCGUCACAGGUCCCGGCAACAUACUAACAGUCGCGGACGAUCUCCUUAAGAACGACGGUCAAAAGUUCUUGGAGAUGAUGGAGCAGCUCGCCGAGCGCCGCAUGCAACGGGAGGAAGAAGCCGCCGCCGAUGUCGAUGACGACAGCGAGGAGGACGAAGACGACGAGGAUGAUGAAGACGAUGAGGAUGACGAGGACGAGGAGGAUGAGGAAGAAGAGGAGAUCCUCACCGAAGAGCAGAAGAUGGAGGAGGGCAAGCGGAUGUUCUCGAUCUUCGCCGCGCGUAUGUUUGAGCAACGCGUCCUGCAAGCGUAUCGCGAGAAGGUCGCCCAAGAGCGUCAGAUGCAGCUGCUGCGCGAGCUCGAUGAGGAGGAGAAGAUGUCGGCGACGAAGGCGAAGUCAAAAAUGUCGCAGAAUCAGAAGAAGAAGGAUAAGAAGCGACAGCAGAAGCUUGCCCGGGAGGAGGAGCGCGCGGCACGGGAGGCUGCUAAGGCUGCAGAGGAGCAAGCUAUGCGGGCUCGUCAGCAGGCACAGGAAGAGGAGAAUCGUCGCAAGCGCGAGGAAGAGCGCGCGCGGCGUGAGGCUGCUCGCAAGGCUGCAGAGGAAGAGCGACAACGGAAGGAGGAGGAGCGUCGUAAGCGCUUGGCUGAAGAGCGCGAACGCGAAGCGGAGCGAGAACGCAAGCGCAAAGAACGCGAGGAGAAGCUGCGGGCUGAGCGGCGCGAGAAGGAGGAGAAGGAGCGCAAGCUCAGGGAGGAACGGGAGGCGAAGGCUGCUGCUGAACGUGCCGCCGCCGCCCAAGCCAAGCGGGAGCGUGAAGAGCGUGAGCGCGAGGAGCGGGAGAAGAGGCUGGCGAAGGAGAAGGAGGAGCGGGAGGCGAAGGAACGCGAGCGUGCUGCUCAGCAACAACAGCAGCAGGCACAGCAACGCAAGAACAACGCUCGCGGUCCCCAAUCGCCUCGGAAUGCUACUGCGUCUUCAUCGCGUCAAAGCAUUCCCAACGGGACAACGCCCAAGAAGAUCCUCAACAAGCCUGCUCCUGUAGCUACCCCUAUUCCCCCUGUGCAGGCAUCGACGAGCGGUGCGUCUGGAUCGCGACCGCCCCUCGUGCAGCCGCAGCCACAGACUGCGUCGCGCCCGGCUGUACCUCCGCAAGCCUCGCAACCCGCCACUCCCAUCUCCCCUCAUAUCUCUCAUCUGCAGUCAUCGCCGGGAGGACCCAUAUUCGGGCACGGUAUCAUACCACCUCCGUCUCGAGGACCUCUGUCUCCGCCUAACAACUUCAUUCCUUAUGGCGCACCACCACUGUCGUUACCUCAAGGGCCACCUCCGCCUGGUGCUCUUGCUCCUUCAGCGCUGCCGCGGAACAUUGGUCCCGGGGUCCCCUUCGAGCCUCCUUAUAGCCGUCUCCCUCCCGCCAACGCGCCACCUGCGCCGAUCGGUCCUCCAUCGAAGGCGGGUGCCCUGCCUCCUGGCGCGCCGGGCGUCAUGGGUCCGGGACCUGCAGGCCCCAGUCGACGGAUGUCUAUACCUGACCCAGGACCUAUCACUCGACCGAUUGCGCCUAUCGCGCGUCCGUCGGUUGAGGGAAACACGUCCGGGUCUGUGUCACCUAGCCGGCGGUCACCCAGUCCCAAGGGCGUGCUCGGGUCGAAGGCGCUCGCAGCGGACGACGACGAGGUCGUGCCAACGCCUCGACGAGGAGCGACGAACGGGCCGGUAGGCCAGGGAUGGGUACACUCGAGCCCGCGUGCGCCGGCGCCCAUAGGUGCGCCGUGGGGAGGACCGCCGCCGCCGAUUGGUGCUGGUGCGCGCCCGCCGCCGCUGAACACCAUGGGCACGAUGUGGAACAGCAUGGGCGGGCCCAAUGACUGGCAUCCUGCGAGCGCGGCGCCGGGGGCGUUCUUCCCGCCCACACCGUUCGCGGCGCACAGCUCGACGCCGUCUCCGCAUUCGGGGACGUAGGCGCCUCGACCGCUGCUUCCCGCCACUUCGUCCGCCGUCGUCCGGCUCCUUGUUGCGCGCACACCACACACAAUUACUUGUAAUCUGCUAGUUGCAUUGACCCUUUGUCUGACGCUACCCCCUUUUUAUUCUCUGCUUGUGUCCACUCACAUUUGUGCGCGCAUUAUUGCAAUUCUGUGGCUGCUAAUCAUCGACAUGCCUGUCCAAUACAUCAUGGUAAAUGAAACUGCAAGUGUCGCUGUGUCGUGUCUUGAG